AUGAACAAUGUUCAGAAGUAUGGAGUGAUGAAAUUCCUAGCUGAGAAACUAGUGGAGAACUUGGAUGAAAAUGUGUUGUACGUGUCAAAGAAAAAUGUGGAAUGGUGCAAUUCGAUCAUCAAGCAAGGCCAUGAAGAAUCCACCAAGCUUCUCAAAGGACUGACUGACUUGAUUGACAUGAUGCAAAAGGACCUCAAGUGUAUUGAUAUUCAACUCAUGAAGGAGGGCACCAAGGGAAAAGAAAGCCUGUGGCUAACGGAGUUUGAUGGCAGUUGUGCAGCGUCAGGUUCUGGUGCAGAGGUAGUGUUAAUACCACCUUCUGGCAACCCUAUUCCUUUUUCUUUUAAGCUAGAAUUUAAAAAUACCAAUAAUACAAAUGAGUAUGAGGCUUUAUUGCUAGGUUUAGCUGAAGCUAAGAGAUUGGGGAAUAGGGUUUGGGAUGAAAUCAAGGAUUUCGAUGCAUUUUCCAUUGAGGCAAUACCCAGGGAAUUGAACUCAAAAGCAUAUUCAUUAGCAGUCUCAACUUCAUUGCUAGUCCCACAUCCUGAAUUUGUUGAGGAUAUAUAUAGGGUAGAGUUGAUAUAUCGACCUAGUGUCCGAGACAACUCUGAUUCUUGGCAGGUAUUUGAGAAUGAUAAACAAAUAAAUAACUUUAUGCAAAGUGUAGACAUGUUUUUUGCCAUGUAUUUUGAAGGUUCAGAUGCAGAGUGCAAAGAAUUUUCCCUAGAACAAGCCAAGGAGUUGCCUGAUGGAAUCAUGCAGUUGAAAGAAAACAAGAUCCCUAAAGGGCUGGUUUCUUUGGAGCGUCUAUUUGAUCGUAAUGAUGCCUACAAGAAUAAUAAAGGUGAUGAUAAGUCGGUGUAUUGA